UUCAUUAAAACAAGCUUGCUCCUGCUUCCUCCAGUGAGGAUCCGCCAGGUCAAUGAAGCCAGGUUUUAGGACCUACUUAACUCCUCCAUACUGCAACAAAACAACCCCCCUGCAAAUCCCACUUUCUGAGAUGGGCAACUUUUGUCCAGCUGUAGGACCGUUGUCAGGCAGGAACUCCAGAUCCACUGUUCAGAACAAGAUGUAUUCGCAUAAACUUUUGACUGUGUUUCUGCACUUGGAUUUUAUUCGAAUGGCAGUUGCUCACUGUAUGGUACAUCAGAUUCCAGCGUCGAGCUUUAUGCUGCCUUGCAUGUCACCAAAUGAGACUUCUGUUAUUCCUUUGACUGCUGGUGUUGUAGCGAGCAGUCCUGUGUUGCACAGAGAGCAUGGAACCGCUGAAACCAACUCUCUGGUGCUGGUGGCUGAAGAGAGUUUCCUCUGUUGCCUUUGGAGUGAAACACACGCAAAUUGUUCUUUGUACACAGCAGGCAUGGAAACAAAGAAAUUUAUGUCCUCAGAAAUAAGUAGCUUUGCUCCUCAGCAAACAGAUUUAAGCUGGAACAUUCAAUGUUGGACUAAAGGAGACCUAGAACUGUUCGUUUGUAUCCUGAAAAUGUCUAACAAGAAGUCGUACUUGAAUGGAGAAUUUAAGAUUAAUCUUUUAUAUGUUCUAUCAGAGUUGUCAUUGGAAGACAUGUCUACAGGUUCUCUAAAAGGCAAUGUCAUGGUUACUCCCUGCAACUGCAAUGGGUCUGAUAAGUACGAAUGUCACAUACCUUCAUUGAAACUCAACUACACUUAUAUUACAUGGUUAAACGUCAUAAAUGGGGUAACACUUCUUCAGUCACCUUUAAUGUCGGUCAGACCCAUAAAUAUUGUAAAGCCUGAACCUCCAUUGAACCUGCGACUAGAAAUGACAGACAAAGGACAGUUAAAGAUCUGUUGGUCCAACCCAGUACUAACACCAUAUCCGCUUCAGUAUGAAGUGAAGUUUUCUGGGAAUGCUACUCAAAAUGCCUCGCAGGUGGUUGAGAUUGUCAUAGAAACCUCCCUCAUCAUAGGCAAUAUGCUGGUUGGUUCUUCAUAUUUAGUUCAAGUACGGUGCAAGAGUCUUCAUGGUCCAGGAUUCUGGAGUGAUUGGAGCACACCUUAUAAUUUAAAUACAGAAGAUGUCAUGUACUUCCCUCCUAAGAUACUGACGAGUGUUGGUUCUAAUGUUUCCUUUCAUUGCCUCUAUAAUGAUAAAAACAAGAUGAUUUUGUCAAAGAAGAUUGUUUGGUGGCUGAAUUUAGCAGAAGAAAUCCCAGAGAGACAGUAUACACUUGUGAAUGAUCGUGUUAGCAGAGUUACUCUUUUCAACUUGAAUGCAACAAAACCUAAAGGAAAAUUCUUCUAUAAUGCAUUGUACUGUUGUAACCAAAACAGGGAAUGUCAUCAUCGAUAUGCUGAAUUAUAUGUAGUAGAUGUCAAUAUCAAUAUCACAUGUGAAACUGAUGGGUACUUAACUAAAAUGACUUGCAGAUGGUCCGCAAACACAAAUACAUUGCUUGUGGGGAGUUCUUUACAGUUAAAAUACUACAGGAGUAGUAUCUAUUGUUCUGACUUUCCAAGUAUUCCUCCAAAGUCAGAGGCAAAAGAAUGCCAUUUACAGAGGAAUCAUUAUUACGAGUGUACAUUUCAGCCUAUUUUUCUUUUAUCUGGAUAUACCAUGUGGAUAGAGAUAAAGCACCAACUAGGAACACUUGAAUCCCCACCAACCUGUGUCAUUCCAGCAGAUGUGGUGAAGCCGUUUCCUCCCUCUAACGUUAAGGCAGAAAUCACCAAGAAUGUUGGGCUGCUGAAUGUGAGCUGGACAAACCCAGCAUUUCCGAACAGCGAUCUUAAGUUUCAGAUUCGGUACUCUGUGAACAGGGAAGAAAUAUUAUGGGAGAUAUUUGAGGUUUCAAAUGCACCAACAAAAUCAGUCAUGAUAAAGGUACUGGACCUUUGUGUUGUAUAUAUUGUUCAGGUGCGCUGCAGUGGACUAGAUGGAUUAGGUUACUGGAGUGAUUGGAGUAAACCAGCGUAUACCAUUGUACAGGAUAUCCAAGCUCCCCUGAGAGGUCCCGAAUUUUGGAGAGUUAUUAAUGAAGAUCCCAUAAGGAAGCAGAAAAAUGUUACUUUAGUUUGGAAGCCACUGAUGAAGAAUUACUCAUUAUGCAGUGUGUGCGGCUAUAUUGUAAAGCAGCACACUUCAGAAAACAUCACUUGGACUGAAUAUGUCACCAGUGGCACUACCUAUACGUAUCCAUGGAUGGAGGAUGCACACACCGUUACAAUCCUAGCUGUUAACUCAGUUGGAGCUUCCUCAAUGAAUUUUAAUUUAACUCUGUCACAGCAAAUGAGCACAGUGAAUAUCGUGCAGUCACUCAAUGCUUAUCCAGUAAACAGCAGUUGUGUAAUUCUGACCUGGACACUUUCACCUCAAAUGUAUGUGAUAACGUCUUUUGUUAUUGAAUGGAAAAACCUUAAUGAGGAAGAACAAAUGAAAUGGAUACGAGUUGCUCCAAAUAUUAGCAAAUACUAUAUUUAUGAUCAUUUUAUUCUUAUUGAGAAGUACCAGUUUAGCCUGUACCCAAUAUUCCCUGAAGGAGUAGGCAACCCCAAAACGACUGAUGAAUUCAUCAAAGAUAGGCGUGAAAAACAGAAUGAUGCAGGCCUCUAUGUGAUUCUACCAAUAGUUAUUUCAUCCUUCGUUUUGUUGCUUGGAACUUUGCUGAUCUCGCAACAAAGAAUGAAGAAACUCUUCUGGGAGGAUGUUCCAAACCCCAAAAACUGCUCCUGGGCACAAGGAGUUAAUUUUCAAAAGAGAAUGGACAUUCUUUGAAGUCUAAUCAUGAUCACUUCCUGCUGAACCAUUGUGCCAGCUCCCAGACUUCAUAUACAGAAUUGUUAGAAGAUUUUUCUGUUUACAUUCAGAAGACAGGAAACACAGAUACAAUACAUGAUGAUUGAUUUAAAGAUAGUCCUGGAAAUAGUUUUGUUCAAAACUUAAGAUUCCCAUGCAAAAUCCGGGACAAUUGCCAUAUUGCAGCCUAGAGCAGGGUUUGCUACACAUGUAGGCAAAAAUCUUGCUUUAAAUCACAUUUUUAUCCUUUGUUUAGUGACUUGUUUAUUAAGGCUCUGACUUGCAAAGGGCUGAACACUCCUAGUUUCAAUAAGAGUUGAGAAUGCCCAGCACCUUUGAGGAUGGAGCCAUAGAAGCAGAAAUAUCAGAAUGGUCUGAGAUUCAGCUAGUUAAGUGCAAGACUUGCCCAGUUAUCAACUUAAAAUCAUUUUUUACCAGAGUUAUUGGUUGUUUGCCCAAGAACUAGCCUGAUUCUGAUGCUGAACAGCUUUGGGAAUUUCCACUGACUUUAGGCAUGUUGAGGUGGCCAAACCCAGCCACUGGAUGUGCACAGCACUCCCAUUAAGGUCAAUGGGAGCUGAUCACAUGCAUCUGAGUGCAGAAUUUAGUCCAAAGAAUUUGCAGAAAUAAUUUAGAGUGUUGUUCAUUGUGCCUUAGUUUUCUCUGACAAGGACCAUUGUCCAUGUUAUGUCGUGUAGACAGGUACGUCACUCACUAUCAUUUAAACACAUAGAUAUUCCCACAGCCACUUUAAUAAUAGUGUCUGACAUUAGGGGUGUGUGUGUGUGCGUGCGUGUGUGUGCAAAUCUGUUGUUACCCUUUGUAUGGCAACUUCUGCUUAGUGUAAUCUCCGUUUAGCAUCAUUUCAUGUUUGUAGCUAACCUAUUACUUAUUAUAUUAAAGUUGUUUUUUCUUUUUUGUUUAAAGUGUUGCUGUAUUGUUAGAAUGCAAAGAAUAUAAUUUAAUAUUAAACAAAGUUCAUUGACGUAUAUAAUGUAGGGCCUGGUCCAAAGCUCCCUGAAGUCAAUGAUACUCUUUCCAUUCGAUCCAUGGAGCGGUGGACCAGCACCACAAUGCUGCUAUACUGACAGCAAUGGAGAAAAUGCUUUACAAUUUUGAAAAAUAUCAAAUAUGGCUGUAGGGCUUUGAACAAAGAUUUGUGAAUUGCUGGAGGAAGUGUGUGAGUUGCACAGAGACCUUUUUAUUUACUUAAUUAACUUAGCUAUAUAUAGAAAGGGAACUUAUCACCGCCAGCCCAAUAACUCACAUGUUGGAUCAGGGACUGUGGGCCUGAUUCUCCUCUCACUUUGGUGUAAAUCAGGAGUAAGUCCAUAAAAAUCAGUGAAGUUAGACUAAUUUACAAACAGCCAAAGGAGGGUAAAGGAUUUAUACUCCCAUGACAUUAUUCCAUGUUCUUAUGUCCUGUUGGGUUCCUAGCUAAGGAGAAAGAAGUUAUGCAUGUGAAUAUAAAGUGUAUUGUGCUGAAUAGGAAUUGAAGGGUCGUGUGACCUUUGAUAGCUUGUACUGCAAUACAGUCUCUAUAUUUAAUGCAUGCUUCUUUCGUACACUUUAUUAAUCUUAGUGAAAAAUGGGCCACUUGGGUAUGUCUAUAAUGCAAUAAAAGACUCAUGGCAUGGCUGCAGCUGGCCCGGGUCAGCUCACUUGGGCUUGCAGGGCUGGGGCUGUGGGGCUAAAAAUUGCAGUUUAGAAAUUUGGGCAAAGGCUGGGGCCCAGGCUCUGAAACCUUGCAAUGCAGGGGCGUCUCAGAGCCCAGGAUCCAGCCUCAGCCUGACUGUCUACACUGCAACUUUUAUCCCUGUAGACCAUGCCCUGUGAACCAAUCAAUUCACCAGACUCUGAGACUCCUUAUUUUUAUUGCAGUGUAGACGUAUCCAUAUGGUCCUCAGAUGAGCACCGUUGUGCGUCUCUGAUUCCAUGUGCAUCCAAGGCCAGGGUCUAUACUCCUUUGAAAACAGAAGGAAUUUAUGCAGCGGGGGCUAGAUUCUUCCCUCAUUUAUGUGAAUGCAAUUUCCAGUGGGAAAAACGAAGUGCAGGACUUGUACUGUAACUCUCAUUAGCUUUGAUACCCAUUGCCUGCAUAAAACUUCCACAUAUCAGCACUAGAAACCUCUAACGUCCUUAUGUCUGAAGCCAUGUGUAACUCCUUAUUUUCUUUUGGUACGUCUGUCAGAAUACAAGAUUAACUAGAUUCAAUAAUUGGUUACUAAUGUGUGUAUUUAAUAUAGUCUGUUCUGUGAUUGAUACUGCAAGGCUGUAUUUAUGGAGUAUUAGUUUAACAAAAUAUUAUCAUUUUUAACCAUUAAUGCAGUACGGCAUAGGAUGGGUAAAUCCUGCAUCUGUAAUGCAAUCUUGCAAAAAUGUACACAUAUGCUUAAUGUUAAGAUCCUGGAUGAUCCCACUGAUUUUCCAGUGAAAUGACUGUUGUACUUAAGGAUAAGGAUGUGAAUAAGUGUUUGCAGGAUUAGGUCAUAGGGUCUAAUCCUGCAGACCUUACUUAUCUAAAGCUCCAAAUGAUUUCCAAGGGAGAUAUGGCUGAGUAAUGACUAUGGCACUAUCCCUGAAAAGGUUUAUGCACAUGUUUAAUUUUACAUAGUGUGAGUAGUCCCAUUGACCUCAAUGGGAAUAUUCCCAGUGAGUAAAGUUAAGCAGGACCUAAGGACUGCAGGAUUGUGAGGGGAGCAUAUUUUGUAGUCUCCUUGUGUCUGGCAAAUGAGUGUGAAUUAAAUUUUACUCUGUGCCACUUGAGACCAGAGUAUUCCCUUUUGGUUUCAUAGAAUUAUGUUAACUGCUAUAAGAUAUUUUUGCACAAAUCAUAUGACACACAUGUUGAGAACAUAUUUUACAGCAAUAUAUACACAUAUUACUCUGUCAUUAUUUACAUUACAUUAUGGUAUUACGUCUUUCUCAGGAGAUUGUAUAUUCAUUGUAUUUGUAUAUUCAUCUAAUAUAUUUUACUUAGUGACGUGUUUGAUUCAGCAGAAAGUGACAUUUUCUAAUUGAAAUAUCUAUUUUAAAAAGUGGUAUUUGAUCAUUUAAUUUUUGAUAUUUGAUUGAUAAAAAGUGACAGGCAGUAUUCUUAAUGUGAUCCUGUAGAACUCGUAUCCAGAGUUAUGCUCAUGCUUCAGAGCCUAAGUGAACCUCUAGUUAUUGGCAGUCAGUAAGAAACGUGUUUGCCGAGACGUCCAUAGCUGCCUACUGUGGGGUUUCUGCUCUGAAGUAUCUUAUACUGGCCACUGUUGAUGAGCAAAUACUGGACUAGAUGGAGCACUGGUCUGAUUCAUUACAACAGUUCCUACAUUCCUACCUGGAUUCAUAGGUGAUCUGCCUUAGGGAAGGAUAAAUUUCAGCAAGGGACAUUCAAUAUGAAUUAAAGACAUUUCUUGGUAUAUGCAUUGUAGCAACUGUCUGCAGCUCAUUUCAGUAAUCAGUUUGCUAAUUUUAAAUGUCAUAUUCACAGUACUUUUGAAGUCCAUGGGAGUUCUGAGCAUGCAAGCAAUGCAGAAGCUAUCCCGAAUCAGCAUUUAGGCUACAAUUCAGCAAGGUACCAAAGCAAGUGUUGACAUUUAAAUAUGUGAGUAGUUUAAAAACUUGCUUGAAUACCUUGCUAAAUCAGGGCCUUAAAUGCUAUGGUGAUGGCUAUUCUAGGUUAAACAAACACCCACUAGCCUAAGAUAGAUACAAUUUUACCAUACCUUCUUAUAAUGUACACCAGUCUAAGCAUUAUGAAAUAUUCCUCGUUACUUUGGAAGGUUUCCUGCUGUGAUAUAAUAUCUGUAUGGUUUAUUAACAUCAAUACAAUCUGUUGUUUUUAACUACUUGUUUUUUAUUUGUCUUAAUUAAACUCAUCAGUGGGUAUACACUUUAAAGUGAACUUUUCUUAGUAGUAAAUAGGAAAGCCAGUUUCCUAUUGUCAAUUUAUACUGCGGUAUAUUUGAAAUGUUUUAUAUAUUUCACAUCCUUUAUGAUGUAGGAUAGGAUGCAUCCCUAAAAUAUGUGUGUGUGUGUGUGUGUGUGUGUGUAAAUUUCAAACAUGCAGUCCUUACUUACAGGUGAAGAUCCUAAAAAAAAUAUUGGAUGGUAGAAUAUGACUCUAGAUAGAAUAAUUGUAACAGGCAGAGUCAUUUCAGUUGUUUGUAAAUGAUUUUGAUUAAUUUCUAAUAUGUCAAAUUGUUCAUGCAAUUGAAAUAAAAUGCCAAAAAAAUCCUGUAGCAUAUAAGGCUUUAUCCUGCAAAGCACUAAAGUACUAGCUUAAUUUUAAGGACACGAAUAGUGCCAUUGAAAUUAAUGGACUUUGCUGAAUUAAGCCAGAAUGCUCAGCACCUUCCAGGAUCAACCCUUCCCUGCACACAUAAGACACAGGCAUGUGCUUGUUUUCUUUAUCCCCAAUUCCCCGCUUCAAUACCAUGCCACAUAGCAGACUUAGGUUUUGUUUGUUUUUCAUCAAUGUACUUUUUAUAUUAAAAUAUGCCAUACUAGUUUUCAUCUGUGCUUGUCAGUACAGUAACUUCAUAUUGAA